AUGCGGAACCCAUCGCGGCUGUCACCAAUUGGCUCGGCGACCAAAGCCAUUCAAGGCGCCGGCCGGCACAGCCAGUGGAAAGAGGCAGUGGCUACGUACUAUCAGCUGAAGUUCGGCAGCCUGGAGACAGAUGCAGUUUGCUGUGGCGCUGUGCUUCAAGCAUGUCAGGCAAGUGCCUGGCACUUGGCUUAUUCCAUGUUUUGGCAGGUUCAAGAAGCUUCGAUGCAGCUGUCGGUUAUUUGUUGCAACAUUGCUCUGAGCUUCUCGGGACAGCAGGAAAGCUGGCACCGUACCAUCGGCCUGCUGCUUUGGAUGUCCAGCAUGGCCAUGCGACCCGAUUCGCAGAGCUAUGCGCCCGCGUUGGGUUCCGUCACAACCUGGGCACAGUCGCUGCAGCUGCUACACCAAGCGCCGCCCAACCGAAUUCUGAGUAAUGUGGCCAUGGCUACGAUAGCCGGAGCAUGGCGGUGGAGCUUUAGUAUCUUUUACGACUUAAGGGCGGCUCGGCCACUGCCAGACACCAUCUUUCUCAACACCUUCCUAAGCAGUCUGGAGAGGUCGUGCCAAUGGCAACUGGCGGUUUCCAUGCUGCGGACUGCCCCCGAAAGCAGCCUGAACCCCAACAGAGUCAGCUUCAAUGCGUGUCUGCAUGCCUGCGGCGAAGCCGAGCAGUUUGACCAGGCACUUCAGCUACUGGCCUCGAUGGAAGACAGCGGGCCCUCGCCUGACGUGAUCUCUUACAGCGCCGUGUUGAACGUGUGUGCAACGCUGGCGCAGUGGACCUUGGCCCUGGAGGAGCUGCGGCGAAUGCAGCGCCGCCAUGUCUUACCUGACGUGGUUGCGCUGAAUGCAGCCAUGUCGGCCUGUGCCGAGGCAGUUCAAUGGGAAAGGUGUCUGAGCAUGUUGCAGACAUCCAGUGCAGGAGAUGCAGACAGCAUCUCUUACAAUGCUUUCCUCAAGGCCUGCGACAAACCGGCUCAGUGGACGGUUGCGCUGUGUAUGCAUGCGCAGAUGCUGCGCACGCGAACCGGCUGCACCACAACUACUUACAAUACCUUGCUUAGCUGUUGUCAGCGGGGCAGCCAGUGGGAGCAUGCCACACGCUUGCUAGCGAUGAUGAUUUCUCAACAUUGCCCUGCUGACGUUAUCUCUUUCAAUGCUUGCUUGGGGGCGUUGCGACGGGGGUCCCAGUGGGAACAUGCUCUAUCUGUGCUGGAUGCGAUGACGCGUUCGCGUGUCAGGAGCGAUCUGGUGACCUUGGUAGAGGCGCUCGGGGCCCUGGCGGACGGCGAGGCCCCGGCGAGGCUCGGUCUGGCGCCGUCCCUGGCCCGAAGAAUCGCCGAGAGCGUCAGAGACUGCAUGGAGCCCAGGGCUCAACCGAAGGCCUCUCGUUCCAGUGGCCUGGCGAUUACGGCUUGCGACUCCCUCGCCUCGCAGCAGCUUCCUGAGACCUCCGAAAGCCAGUGGCUAUUGCGACGCUAUGCGCUGCGCCCGGCUCUGCGUGCCCUGCAGGCCCCAGUUCCCAGGCCAGCUGGCAGCCGAGCGCUGCGACUGCGGGACCCCGCGCUGGAGCGCCAGCAUAGCCUGGGAGCGUCCCUGACGAAGGAGGCGCUCUUGGAACUGGAAGGCCCUGCUGUGCGACCCUUUCCGCUGCCGUGGAUGCUGCGAGCAAGCCAGGCGGCUAGAUCUCUUCUGGCCCGUGCUGCCGUGUCCAGCCUCACAACGAGGGAGCCCGCUUCGCAAACGAUCGUGGCCUGGCUGGCUCACCGACUGGCACGACUGCCGCCGUGCAGGGGCCGACUUGGGGGCGUCAUGAAGGAAGAUCCGCCCUCCCUGGGCGCUUACAUCCGACCAGUGCAGGUCGAACAUGACAGGUCAUCCCAUGCAGAACGCCAAGCUCUUCUCUCACUGCUGGUGCUCGAGAGCAACGCAGCAGAUGUGAACAGGGAUGGCAGCCUGGACUUCAGCGGCUUCAGCGGGACAGUGAGACUUUAUGUUACGCACACGUUGUGUAUCUCCUGUCUGGCAGCAUGUCACCAGUACAAAGCCCUUCAUCCGCGCCUUCACAUGAGCGUCACAUACAGUGUUCUCUGA